CAUAUGUCACUUGUCAACAGUGUCAUUGCGACAAUACAACUUAUUUAUUUAUAAUGUAGAACUAAAAGACAAUACUAGCAAAAUUCCGCACGCAAUUUGUUAAGUUAGGUCACCUCAACAUGGACAUUACAAUUUUAUUCAAAGCUUGUGUUAAAACGGUACGGACUACAAACAAAGCACUCGGGGUUAAAGAAGCCAAGCCUACUCUCCUUAAAGUUAACCCUAAAGAUGCCAACUUAGCUACCGCGAAAGAGGUGGUGAAGCAAAUCACCUACCUUCAGAGCUUCUUGCUUGAGCACAAAGCCGCCUAUUUGAACGUUUUGAAUUACUUGUCGACUAAUAAAACCAUGACGGAGGUGGAUAGGGAGCAGAUUGAUAGCACGGCUGAGAAAAUCGUGAACGCUUGUACCGCUUUAAUUGGUGAAUAUAAAAAGGAAAUCGCGAAGGUGGCGAAGAGUAGGCAGCGCGAGGAGCACUAUAGUGGGGUGAUUGAGUCACUGGAGCGCUAUUUGAAAAGUGUUAGUAAAAUUUAUACUGAAACGAAAGCGGUGAGGGUGAAGCGUGUGUUGGAGACACACAAGGUAGCGAAAUUGGAAACUAUUGGGAAGCACGAGGGGGAGAUUAAAAAGCCGCUGCCGUCACCGACGACGCCUCCUGUGAACAUCGAGGACGAGUUGUCUGUAGAAGAAAUGCAGAUGUUUGAGUCCGAGAACGAGAUGCUCUUUAAUGAGUUAAACGCGACGUCUGAAGAGGUGAAGCAAAUGGAGAGUAAAGUCGUGCAUAUAGCGGAGUUACAGGAGUUGUUUACGGAGAAAGUAUUACAACAGGAGCAGGAUAUCGAACGGAUUGCUAAUUCUGUGGUGGGUGCUACUAGUAAUAUGAAGGACGCUAAUGAGCAGAUCCGUCAGGCUAUUCAAAGGAAUGCCGGGUUGCGGGUUUGGGUGUUGUUCUUCCUAUUGGUUAUGUCGUUUUCGUUGUUAUUUUUGGAUUGGUACAAUGAUUAAUUAAUAAAAGUACAGAAAAAAUAAA